AUGGCCCAAUCCCCGCCGGGCUCACCCUCGCACGCUGCCUGCAACCGUCCUCUCAGUCUCAUCAUGCGCCCGUCGCGGAGUAACAGUCGCAUGAGCGUCGGCAGCGUCAACAAGAGCGGCAUCUCGGACGACGAUGGCAAGACCGCCGUCAAAGUCGUGGUUCGCGUGCGGCCGCCGCUACAGCAGACAGACCCGGGCUACGACCUGAUCCCCCAGCGUUUCCAGCGGCCGACGGUCCACGUUACCUCGCCCACCAGCCUGGCCAUCGACGCCCCCCAGGGACGCAAGCUCUUCGUCUUUGACCGUGUCUUUGGCGAGAACGUCGACCAGGAAGGCAUCUGGGACUACCUGCACGACAGCGUCAACUCCUUCAUCCAGGGCUACAACGUCAGCAUCCUCGCCUACGGUCAGUCCGGCGCCGGCAAGUCGUAUACCAUGGGCACCUCCGGCCCCUCUGAGCAGUCCGACUCCAAAGCAAUGGGGAUCGUGCCGAGGGCGGCGCAGAUGCUGUUUGAAAAGCUGACGGGCAUGCCAACUCACAACAGGACCGUGUCCGGAUCCACGGUCAGCGGCCUACGGACACCGCAGAGAUACUCCAAUUCUUCCUCCCUGCCGACUCUCGGUCGUCUGGCAGAGAAGAACUGGCAGAUGAGAGCGACCUACGUCGAGAUAUAUAAUGAACAACUGCGAGACCUGCUUCUGCCCGAGUGCACACCGCCAGCGGAACGGAACACGGUCACCAUCCGUGAAGACACCAAGGGCCGCAUCAUCCUCACCGGCCUGCACCAGGUCUCCAUCAACUCCGUCGAAGAUCUCAUCAACGCCCUCAACUUUGGCUCCGCCAUCCGCCAGACCGACUCGACCGCCAUCAACGCCAAAUCUUCCCGCUCCCACGCAGUCUUCAGCAUCAACCUCAUCCAACGCAAGGACGGAUCGUCCCAGCAGCAGCAGCUCUCCGCCCAGGAGAAACGGUUCUCCAUGCCCACCGCAGCCGACCCGGCCGCUGGCGCCGACCAGGUCACCGUGGACAGCAAGCUGCACUUUGUCGACCUCGCAGGCAGUGAACGCCUAAAAAACACCGGUGCCUCCGGUGAGCGUGCCAGAGAAGGCAUCUCCAUCAACGCCGGCCUCGCCAGUCUCGGCAAGGUCAUCUCUCAGCUGUCCUCCCGCCAGCAGGGCUCCCACGUCUCCUACCGCGACUCAAAACUCACCCGCCUGCUCCAGGACUCGCUCGGCGGUAACGCAAUCACCUACAUGAUCGCCUGUGUCACUCCACCCGAGUUUCACCUCUCAGAGACCCUCAACACCGUCCAGUACGCCCAGCGUGCCCGUGCCAUCCAGAGCAAGCCGCGCAUCCAGCAGGUGUCCGACGAAAGCGACAAGCAGGCCGUCAUCGAACGACUCAAGGCCGAAGUCGCUUUCUUGCGCCAACAGAUCCGCAACGCAGACGGAGGCGAGCGGGACCGCCGCGUCCUGACGCCCCAGGAGCGAUCUGACCGCCAGAACGAGCGUGAGAGAGAGCUGCAGAACCACCUGCUCGACGUCCAGGAGAGCUACACCGCACUCAGCCAGCGCCAUGCAAAGCUCAUCGCCGAACUCACCAAGGCCUCGUCCGACCUCGGAGACGCCGACGACAGCAGCAAGAACGGAGGUGACACCUCGAUGGAGCGGCUGAAGCGAUCCCACUCCUUUGCCGAGUCGGUAGAGCAGGUCGUCAUGGAAUACGAAAAGACCAUCCAGUCGCUCGAGUCGUCCCUCUCUCAGACCCGGGCCUCGCUAUCCAGCACGGAGAGCAGCCUCCUCGAGCGUGAGACCAAGUGUGCUUACAUCGAGACCGUCAACGGCCAGCUUCAGGCACGCAUGCAGAAGAUGCUGGACCGCGAAGCCAACACGGAGAGCUACCUGCACGACCUGGAGUCGAAAUUGGACAGCCAUGCCUCCGGUGAAGAGAAGAACGCCGCCAUCGUAGCCGAGCUGAGAAAGGAGCUCAAUCGCGCCAGAGAAAACGAGGCCAGCUGCGAAGACUACAUAUCGACCCUGGAAGAGAGGCUGGCCGAAGCCGACCAGGACAUGGAACUCAUGCAGUCGGAGAUGGACAGGCUGGAGCAUGUCAUCGACCGCCAGAGAAGCCUGGGUAAACUCGACAAUCUCCUGUACGAACUCGACCACGUCCAGAACGGCACAAACGGAAUCAAGGAGGCCGACGACGCCGGCAAGAAGGCGUCGGCCAUGCGAGCCAGAAAGGCCAGAAACGGGACGCCCUCUCUCGACGUGCUCACCGAGGCGGUCGAGACGGCCAUCCCGGAGUCUGACGAUGACCUGGCGGAGGGCUCUGCGCCAUCCUCGAUCCAGGAGGAGACCGCCCUCGGUCUCGCCAGGGACGACGCCGGCCUCGCCGCUCUCGAACGAGCAACUCCCACCACUGCCACCUUUGCCCGCGGGAGCGACGAGCCGUACACUCCCAACGCAGCCCAGUCUCAAUUCGUAGCAGAGAAACUCGAGACCGUCACGCAGGAACUGUUCGACCUCCGCAUCCAGCACGAUCACUCCAUGCACGAGUACGCGUUGCUCAACGCCAAAUACCAGGAGUCUCUCCGCGCCAUGGCCGAGCUGCAGGACGCCAUCGAGGAGGUUCGACAUAGCCAGCGCGCUCAGCCGGCCAUAGCUUUUUUAGACACCAAGCUCGCCCAGAAAGGCCGGGUGAAGGCCAACGGGGCCAGCAGCGGUGGAGAGCACCAGCAAUCGUCGCGCUCGCUGUCCUCGGAAUUGUCCUCGGCAGAUCAGGCGAACUCGUCGUCCACUUCUUCGACAGACGCCGUGACCAACAGCUCAGACCAACAGCCUGCAUCGGAUGAAGAGGCUGAAAGCGAGCUCGUCAAGAGGCUAAAGGCCGAGCACCAACAGGCCCUGGAGGCUGCCACCAACAGGUACACCGAGCUGCAGAUGGAGCAUGAAGAUAGCCUGACGCUGGUUGAAAGCCUAAAGGACGAAGUCACCAAGUACAAGAACGCGGCCUCCUCUCCACCUCAUACUCCCAACGUCAUUCGACGCAUCACAAGCCAGAGCAUGAUGACCAUCGACCGCGCCCAUCGUAACCUGUCCGCUCUCCGCAUCCAGGCAGCUGAAGAAUUCGAGGGUCGACCGGAGACACUGCAGACGUUCGACCAGAAGAUCGAGUCCGCCUUGCGCGAGCUGAACUCUCGUAUGGAACGUAUCCAGGCUCUGGAAGCAGAGAACAAGAACGUCAAGAAGGAGAUGGAGAUGAAAGCUACCAUCAUCUCCGGUCUUACCAGGGAACGAUCUAGCCUGCAAUCCGUCUCCCCCGUUGAUAUGACUGUGGUCUCCCAGCUGAGGGAUCAGGUGGUUAACGCCGAAACGCAGAUGGCUGAGAUGAAGGAAUUGCACGACGCAAAGGAGCGGGAGCUGGCUAGCGAGAUCAAAUCGGUUAAUGCGCUCGUCGAUGAGCAGAGGGAUGAGCUGAAGUCUUUGCAGAAAGAAGUUGAGACUCACAAGGCCGCUGCCGAGAAGUGGCAGGGCAAACACCGUCUGGCCGCAGAGGAGCUGCUGGUAGUUCAGGACCGCCUCCAGGCGUCAGAGAAACAGGUCCAUGCUACGAUUGCUGAGCUGGAGGCUUCGCUGGCUAGUGUCGACUCUAUGCGUAGGGAUAGAAAGGAAGGUGACAGCUCCGCCGUCGACGCUGCGGCCAAUGCAGACGCCUUGGAGAAGGAGAGGUCUCGACACCAGGAGCUGGUCGAUAGUCUCAAGCGUGAGAUUGACGGCCACCAAGCGACCAUUGUCGCGCAUUUGGCUAAGAUCACUACUCUCGAAAACGACCGCGCCGGCUCCCGUGCCGUCCUUGACGAUAUGGCUGGGUCGGAAGAUGAGCUGGCGUCUCAUAGGGACCGCGUUGUGGAGCUUUCCAGAGAUAUCGAUGUGCACAAGUCCACUGUUGAGGCCCAGCAGUCUCAACUGGACACCCUCCAGCUUACGCAUAAGCGUGAGCUGCUGGAGCUAGAGGAGAAGACCAAGGCAGCCGCGGAGGCACAGUACCAGUCUCAGCUGGCCGAGAAGGCCGCCGCCCAUGAAGCUGCCCUCGAGGAGCUCCGUGCUGAAUUGACCAAGUCAAAGGAGGAGUCGUCUCAGAUCCUCAAGACCAUCGCAUCCUUACUCAAGACGCAGGGCCCUGUGACUCCCCACACCCUGCAAGACCAGUUACAAGAUGUCCUGUCGCAGAAGGACCAGUUUGCCGAUAAAUACUCUGCCCUGAUGGAUACAAAUGAAGACUUGACUCGUAAACUUGACGAGGAGCAAGGUACUCACUCCUCGCUUGAGAAACAGGUCGUCGAACUCAAGAACAAGGCCAACGAGCAUGAGAUGAAGGUCAACGAGCUUGCAUUACUGGUGGCUACGCAUGAGGAGGCCAUCGCGGCCAAGGAGGCCACCAUCGAGGAGAUCAAGGCUGAGAAGGAGAAGAGCGUUCGUCUUGUUCAGGAGCUUGAGGAGCAGAUUACUUCCUCCUUCGACCAGCAUAAUAAUCGUCUUUCUGUCAUCCAGGCAGAGAAAAGCCUGGCGCUCGAGGAGGCAAAGGCUAAGAUCGCUGCACACGACAAGGAGAUUGAAACUUAUCGUGCUCGCAUCGAGCAGCUUGAGGCUCAAACACGACCGAUCUCGCCCGAAGGUCAUACCGCCGAUCGCUCAAGCUCGAUGUCCACCAACCUUCGCAAGAGCUCUUCUGCGGCCUCGCUACCAUCUCCACCUCCCGCAAUCCCCCUACCACCACUCCCCAAUAUCGCUGCUGCCGCCAACCCAGCCAGCAUCUCCCCUCCUUCGUCUCGCCAUCAGAGCAAGGAACUCGCCAACAACCAGUUUGUCGAAGACCAGGAGGCCCGCAUCCGAACUAUCGAGAAGCAUCUACAUGCCGAGAAACAACUCACCGCCACCCUCGAAGAAGCCCUCGGCGACCUCGAGGCACAGAGCAACAAAGUCAAGUCAGACAUGGAAUUAUGGAAGAAGAAAGCCUGGCAACUCGAAGAAGAAGUCACUACGCUACGCUCCGAGCGAAACUCCGCACGUCUGUCCCUACAGGCUGUCGAGGAGGAACGAAGCGCUCGACGAGAAGCAGAGGCUGCCCGAGCACAUCUGGAAGAGAAGAUGAAUGCCAUCAGCAAAAAGAAAAAGAAGAGUACUCUCAACUGCUUCUAG